UGGGAUGCAGGGGGGUGGUUCCCACCGUGCAGCAGCACUGUUGUUGUGUUGUGAUGUAUGUGAACACGUUUCUCUCCCUAUCUCUCUCUGUGCGUGUGUGCGUGUGUGUGUGUGUGUGUGUUAUUUACAUUGGUGGUGUCGGGCUGGCUGCUCACACGUGCCUCCUCCUGUCGCCUUUGUCUCGCUUCACAGCUCCACUGGCUGCCAUGGGCACAGUUGUCUGCAGGGAGAGGAGCUGACUGCCUCCUUGGCCAUUUCCUCACACCGCAUCCCUUGCAGCAGUCGUCACCAUCGUCUCGUUGCAUCGCGGGAGGAGUCUCAGCUCAGUUUUUUUUUUUUGUGUUUUUUGUGUGUCUUCGGAACCACCAUGACUCCCUCGGGCUAAAGCGUGACAAUUAUUGUGUCCCCCCCCCCCUCCUCUCAACCUGAAAGUGAUGCAUCCUCUCAGCAGCGUUUCUGUUCGGGCUCCCUCUGAGCUGGUUUCUUUUGGAUGAUGCGCACGGCGUGUCCUCGGCGUGUUUUUGUCUCACCCUGCCUUGGAAACCCCCCAUCCCAAGAGGAGAUCCAUGCACCGGUUUUUGCACCCUCUUCACCAUGUCCCCAGCAUCGGCUGCAACGGCCAGUGAAAGCAGCAGCAGCACCACCACCACCACCACCACCACCGCCGGACCCGAAGAGGAGUCAGACAGCCCCAGGGAAGAGCAGCGGCCGCAGAAACAGUCCCUGACUAAAUCCUUGUGUCAGGAAACCCACUGGAAAUGCCUGCUGCUGUCCCUGCUGAUGUACGGCUGCGUCGGCGUGAUGGCCUGGUGCCAGGUGACCAAGGUCACGCGCCUCUCCUUCGACAGCGCUUACAAGGGGAAGUCCAUGAUGUACCACGACAGCCCCUGCUCCAACGGCUACAUCUACAUCCCCCUGGCCUUCCUGGUCAUGCUCUACGUGGUCUACCUGGUGGAGUGCUGGCACUGCUACACCAGAAACGAGCUGCAGUACAAGGUGGACGUGGACAGCGUGACCGAGCGCAUACAGCGCAUGCAGCAGGCCACGCCCUGCAUCUGGUGGAAGGCCAUCAGCUACCAUUACGUCAGGAGGACGCGGCAGGUGACGCGCUACCGUAACGGCGACGCCUACACCACUACGCAGGUCUACCACGAGAGGGUCAACACCCACGUCGCCGAGGCGGAGUUCGACUACGGGAACUGCGGGGUGAAGGACAUCUCGAAGCACCUGCUCGGCCUGGAGGGCUUCCCCAUCACCAAGCUGAGGUUCACCAAGUGCUUUAGCUUCGCCAACGUGGAGUCAGAGAACACCUACCUGACCCAGCGCGCCAGGUUCUUCACAGAAAACGAGGGCCUGGACGACUACAUGGAGGCCCGCGAGGGGAUGCACCUGAAGAAUGUAGACUUUAAGGAGUACAUGAUUGCCUUCUCUGACCCCGAUCACCUUCCCUGGUACGCUUCCAACUCCACUUUCUGGGCAGCGGCUGCCUUCACCCUCUCCUGGCCUCUGAGGGCGCUGACGGAGUACCGCACCGCCUGCGUCCACUACCACGUGGAGAAACUGUUCGGCUUCGACUACGUGCCGGCGACGCCGUCCGAGGAGCGGCCGUAUUGCCGACACAUCCCGCGGGUCAACACCAUCGACAGCACAGAGCUGGAGUGGCACAUCCGCUCCAACCAGCAGCUGGUGCCCAGCUACUCGGAGGCCGUCCUCAUGGACCUGACCCAGCUCUCGGGGAGCAGCAACAGCUACUCCAUGUGCGGAGGCUACGGCAGCUACAGGCAGAACUGCGAGCGCUGCCACCGCGCCAUCAGCAGCUCCUCCAUCUUCUCCCGCAGCGCCCUCAGCAUCUGCAACACGGGGAGCCCCCGCAUCCCGUUCAGCGCCAGCCGCUUCUCGCUGAGCCGGCUGUACGGCUCCAGGCGGAGCUGCCUGUGGAGGAGCAGCGGGAGCCUGAACGAGCCGUCCUGCCCGACGGAGAGCACGCGCUGCCUGUCGGGCCAGCAGGCCGGCGAGGAGAACCCCCCGGACUAUCAGGACGCCGCCUACUUCCCGGUGCUCAUCGUGCACCGCAACGAAGGCUGCCUCAACCACGACCACCGCUCCCUGCACAGAAACGGCUCCUGUGUCGAAACGUCUCUAUGACCCACGGCCGCCGCUCUCAAAUAAGGAAAACGGUGCCACAAGCUAAGGCUGAGCAACCUCUUAAACCGGGCUCUCUAAAAAAAAAAAAAAAAAAUAUCCACCAACAACAUACUGCAACCAAUGAUUUGUUCAAACUUCUAAAGACACUAAGGCCUCAAAGAAAGACUUGUCAGGAGGAUCUGUCACUGUACUGUCAGUAAGUCAGGGAAAACAGACUUCAUUGAAAUACAAUGUGGUUUUAAAGGGCCAUUUUGCCAAAGUAACACAAAAAACACCUACAAAAAGUCAAACAACCAAGGAAUACCACGGGGAGUCACAUCCUGCCAGAAAUGCAAUAUUUACAGAGGUUAGUCAUAAACUAUUUGCAAGGACAUGAGUAGCACUUCCCAGUAUUUGAAGUCUGGAAUGGGCUUUGACUCAGCGGCCACAGAAAGGAAACUGCUGAGAAACAAAAGGGAUACGGCGAUUAAUGGACGCCCCGGGUGAGAAACGCAAACAUCACGUGAGUCAUGUGACGUGGGCUGAAUCAUGCAAAAAGAGCUCCUCGUAAAAGUGUGAUGAGCGUGGCUGAACAGUGUCAGUAAAAUCUGAACAUCUCGCAUGUCAAACCUCUUGACAGAGGGUGAUUUUGAAACACAUUCACUCAAAGUCAAAGCUCGGAAAAAAAAAAAUAUAGAAUAAAAAUAAACGCCUGGUGCAGAUAAAAUAUCCAGUCGGCUGAAAUGGCAUUCGGUUGGCGAUGACAUUAUACUCCCUGGCUCGCCAAAUAUAGCACAGGAAGCGACGUGAAUAAUUUAGUACAGGAGGGCUAAAGUGACACAGGAACUUAAAACUGAACCGUCAAACUAAAUUGUACAUUUACCGCGUAGUAAUAAGCCUCUCAACGAUACUGACAGAUGUGUCGACUUAGCCGAUUUUUUAAAUCUAAAAAGGAUCCUUUUCAUUUCACAUCCGGCAAUAUUUUUAUUCAGCCUACCUCUUUAUUUAAGUGCCUAGCAUCAGCUGUUAGAAACAAGCGUAAACUAUCACGAGUGGAACGAGUGAAGUCAUCUCAUCCAGCGCAUGGUAUAUGGUGUAUAAGCUGAAGAAACCAGGCCCUAAAUGUGUUUUUUUUAUUUUUUUUUAUGUGAUUUUCUUUGAUAAUAUUACACAGGUCUGUACAGCCUGCUGAUGCAUAUCAGAGAGCCGGCCAUCAAAGACACUAGGAACAGACAGAGGUCUGGAUUCACUACUGAUAGUGUCACAUUUAAUACGACAGGAUUAGUCCAAAGAACUGAAUGAUUCCCCUCAACUGACAGCGCGCAGCGUCUUAUGGUGAAAUUCAGCCAAGACACGCACACCGACUGAUUCUACGUUUUAAGACGGAUGUCGUGAAGGGAUUAGCUUCUGAAAUGAAAACGUUUUCAGCUAAUUUUGAGUGUAAAACUGAGAGCAACUAAGAUUUUGAAGUUAAGCGUGGGCCUCUUUCAAGGAGAUGGUUAUAUUUAUUUAUGGACCAGCUGUCGUCCAUGAGUGUAAAGAUGAUUGGUUUCUACCAUUUGAACCAUCAGAAUGAAACUUUUCUUCACUCACACGUCUCUUUACGAUAACGGGCUUGUACAGUUCAUUGUGGCCACUUAUUCAUACUCAUUACAUUCCAUGUGCGGUGUCUCAAGUCUGGAGUUGUGGACUGUUAUUAAUAGCAAUACUACAGAAAAUAGUCCAAGUGAGUGAUGAAGAAACAAAACAAAGAAGAAAAGCCCAGGUCAUAUCAAACUUCACAUUUCAUUAAUCUGUUUUCACACCUCUAAGUCGUCUAUGCAUGCCUCCCAAACUCAGGAUAGUAAUCAGGGCAACGGUUCAUAUUUUGAAUCUCAGAUUGAACGCGUUUGAAGACAUCUGCUUUUUUUCAGACGCGUUCAGCCGCAUCAUCGUUUUUAAACGAGGGGUUUGCAGGAAUCAGAUGAUCAAAACUUUACCAACAUUCCCAUUCAGGUAAGAAUGUGAAAGGCUCAGAGGCAGAAAGGUGUCAGAUCAUCGAAAACAAUGCGUCAAUAUGUUCGUGAGAAAACUCCACUUUAACUUCUUCGUAACUAUUUUUGUUUCCAACUCAGUCUGCACCAUUUAACACAGAAAUAUCUCAGCAAGUAAAAACUUAUAUAACACUUGAUUUCCUAGUAAACAGAUAUUUAAAACUAGCUACGAGCACUAGCACUAGCAACUAAUCUUGACUUUAAAUGGUGUAAUUAGUUGUAAUUUAUUCAUUAAAAUUAUUAAUCGAGAUCUCUUCUUAAAGCUGAAAUAGUUUUAAUCUCAUUCGUUUGUUUUUAUGAGAGCUGAAGUGUAAAAAUGACAGGUUAUGGUUUUAGGCAGAUUACAACUUGGUAGUGACUCUUAGAGAUGCUGUUGGUUCACGUAGUGAGGGUAGCUGUUGUCUUUAGCAAAAAUACAUGAGAGCAAUCUGUUGCUGAAAUAGCUAAUUUAUUUAUUCAUUCAGUUCCUUUCGUCAGGUAUUUCCAUGGUUAAGUGCUGGAUCCAUGGAUUGGAUUUUAGGUCAGAGAGUAACAUGGACACGCACGUCUCAGAGGACACCACAAAUAAAAGCAUGUAAUCUCCACUAAGGAUUAAAGACGUACUGAAAUCGUAGGAGGACGUGCCGUAUGAACAAAUGAUAGGUAUCAGUCGCUGUGCCACUCUGACGUCAUCACAUCCUCUUAUUCAUGAUUAGCCAACGAGCCUCUCAGGUGGCUUCACUGUGAUAUUCAUACAUAGUCAUGUGUAAGAGUAGAGAAAUGUGUUUACCAGUGCAAUGUUUACGCAACAACAAGUGACAAUAAAAGAGUUUGGGUUUUUGAAAAUGGUAAAAAAAUAAUAAUAAUAGAAUCUGACCGAAAGGUUAAGAUGUUUUUUUUUUUUUUCCUGAGUAGUAAAUGACUGUUAGAAUAAAAGCACUAAACCCUUUAUCAUGUCAGUGGAGUAGAGGUUAGGUUAUUUAUUUUUCACUCCAAUAUGCUUUGGGACUUUUUUAUAUUUGAACAGAUUUGUGCAUUUGUCAAGACUGUAAAGGGCGGAAAGGGUUUGUACUGUAAAUAAAGUAAAAAACAAGAGCUCACACACACACACACACACACACACACACACAGAGGUAACCAGAGCGGAGACAUUUGCGACGUGCGGAUGUUAAAUGGUGAGUUUGAUAUUGUGCAAAGACGUACAAUCGCUUGUAAACGCGGCCGAGCCACAGCAUCUUUGUGCUGCUUUUUCAUUCACUACUAUGAAUGAUGUUUGUUCCCCUUUAAGCAUUUUUUUAAAAUUAACUUAAUAAGCUACAAACAUCUGUCUUGGAUUUUACUGAUGUAACAUAAGUACACAUGUUUUGAAGAGAAGUCGACAGACUUCCCAUCUUAAUUACGUCAGUAUUCUACGCUAAAUUUUAUGUAUUUUUGUUUGAGUUACUCCAAUUUGUCCUCUCUUCCUAUACUGAGAGUGUAAUAUUGCAAAGUUAUAAUCUGGGAAUUAAAUCUUAAGAUGAUCUGCUCCCUAGCAAAGUACACUAUUAACCAGUAGAUAUAGGUAUAACUACAACAACAACAACACAAGUCUGUAUGUAUUCACGACACCACCACAACGUUGCCUUCAUGUUACAUAAGGACUAAAUACCAAAUACGUGUAUCUAAGUGGAAAAAAAGGCUCAAUAAACUGAAAUGCUCACUAA